CUUUGUUUAUAGAAGUAUCAUUUAGUUUCAACAGUCAUCAUGAUCAGAUGUGUACUGCUAGUAGUGAGUUUGUUGCAAAUAUCAAAUUUGAUAUACGGAGCGAACAUUUUGUGUCUAACUCCGAUCCCCAGUCAUAGUCAUCACAUAUGGAAUCGAGCAUGGAUGGAAGCUUUAGCAGAAAGAGGACACAAUUUAACCAUAGUUUCAGCAGACGUGGAAGCUCAUAGGAAAGAAAAUAUGACCUACAUUCAUUUGGAAAAAGCCUACGCAUUUCUGGCCGAAGCUCUGGAUUUAAAUGAAAUGGCAAACGAUAAUGCCUUUGGUGGUGUUCGCGGUCUCUACGCCUGGGGGACCGGAAUGUGCAAAGGAGUGCUACAUUCGCAGGGAAUGAAUACCAUCAUGCGCUACCCGAAUGACUUUAGGGUUGAUCUGGUAGUGGCCGACAUAACCUUGGGACCAUGUCUGUUUGGAAUGUUGCAAAAGUUCGGAAAUCCACCCGUAGUGGGGGUCACCGCGUACAACAAUCCUUCCUACACCGUGGAUUUCAUCGGGGGUCAUAAGCAUUAUGCGUAUGUGCCGUAUGUAAUGCUCAACUACGACCAUGAUAUGAACUUUUUCCAACGUUUGUACAACUACAUCGUUUACCUUUAUGAUGACUACUACCGUCAUGGUGUUUUCCUGCCCAAAAUAGAAAAGAUGAUGCGAGAAUACCACAAAUACGCCAUUCCAAGUGCAUCAGAGUUGGAGAAACGCGUUUCCUUACUGCUGGUCAACCAUCACUACUCAGUUGAUUUUGCGGAAUCCGUUCCCCCUAACCAUAUUCCUGUGGGUGGACUACAGGUCCUCCAAGCAAAAGCUCUUCCUGCUGACAUUAAAUCUUUCGUUGAAGCCGGUUCCAAUGGAGCAGUGUUGUUCUCGCUGGGGACGAACGUGAUGAGCAGCGGCCUCGGUGAUGAGCGGAUUCAGAUGUUCCUAGAUGUAUUCCGACAAUUCCCUCAGUAUAAUUUCGUAUGGAAAUUCGAAUCUGACCUUAAAUUCGAUUUACCGAAAAAUGUUCUAAUUAAAAAAUUUCUGCCCCAAAAUGACAUUCUGGCCCAUCGAAACAUUAAAGCGUUUAUAACGCAUGGCGGAAUGCUGAGCACGCAUGAGGCAACGUGGCACGGAGUUCCCAUGAUAGGAAUCCCGUUUAUCUGUGAUCAAUACCGAAAUCUACACAAAUCUGUUCAGGCAGGUGUGGCAGUCAAAUUGAACCACAAUUCACUAACGGCUGACAAGAUUCGCAGUGCUCUGAAGGAAGUUCUUGGUAAUCCAAUCUAUAGAGAGAACAUGAGAGCUCGAUCAUCACUGUUUCGAGAUCAACCCGAGCACCCCUUGAAACGUGCGAUCUGGUGGAUUGAGUGGGCCCUCCGUCACCCGAACUGCGACCGCAUUCAAUCACCAUCCAAAUGGAUGAGUCUGUGGAAGAGCGAUCUGUACGACGUGAAACUAUUUUUGCUGUUUACUUUGAUUAUCUUGAUCAUGUGUGCGAAAUCAUUGCUGACAAACGUUUUAUCUGUACGUUCAAAGCAUACAAGCGAUAACGAUAAGAAGCAAAAAUUCUCCGUAGACGCUCUUCGAGUGCGGUGCUCUGAAUGUAAUUUUACAAUUGAUAGUAUAGCCAACGACAACCAAGUGAACAUGAAGCUUAUGACUUCACUUCUAAUGAUCGUCUCUUUAACGGUCGUGAUGCAAACCGUUCGAAGUGCCAAUAUUCUUUGCAUUAUGACCGUUCCGAGCCCGAGCCAUCACAUUUGGGACCGUGUUUGGAUGGAGGCACUAGUGGAGCGGGGACACAAUCUAACUUCCAUCACAAUGGACAGUGACAACUCGAAACAAAAUCUUACGUACAUCCAUAUGGAGUAUGUAUAUCCAGCAUUGUUCGAAGAUCAAGGAGUUGAUUACGUACAAAUGUCGAAAGAAUCUGCCUUCAAAACAGUAUUUAAUUUUCUAGAUUUUUAUACGAGCAUAUGUGAUGGUAUUUUCAAAUCCAAAGGCAUGGAAGAGAUUAUGGCGUAUCCAGAUAAGUUCAAAUUUGAUCUGGUAAUUUAUGACUUCGGAUGCGGACCGUGCCUGUUGCCUCUGAUGCACAAGUUUAAUUAUCCACCACUGUUGUCUAUCACGGCGUUCAACAACCCUCCCUUCUCGGUAGAUAUCGUCGGAGGGCACAAGCACUUUGCAUACACUCCUUACUUUGCGCUCAACUACGAUACAAGGAUGAAUUUUUGGCAGCGAGCGUAUAAUGCGUUGCUGUGUUUACUAAGCUCGGCGUAUCGCUACCUCUACAUCAUGCCAACCUUGGACACAAUGGUUCGAUCUUACUUCAACUAUUCCGAUAUGCCCUAUCUGAGUGAGUUGGAAAUGCGGACACAACUGAUGCUCGUCAAUACUCACCCAGCUAUGGAUGCUCUGGAACCGCUUCCCCCUAAUGUGAUCGCCAUAGGUGGAGCUCACAUAAAAGAACCACCCCCAUUGCCAGAGGACUUGGAGAAAUUCAUCACCAGUAGCAAAAAGGGAGCCGUCUUGUUUUCACUGGGGUCCAACGUACGUAGCGACAAAAUAGGCGAACCCCGUCAGCGGAUGUUCAUCGAAGCGUUUCGACAGAUGCCUCAAUAUAACUUUCUAUGGAAAUUCGAGUCGAAUCUACAGUUGGACUUGCCACCAAAUGUAAUAAUCAAAAAAUGGAUGCCUCAGAACAGUAUACUUGCUCAUUCUAAAGUUAAGGCUUUUAUAACACAUUCGGGUGGGCUGAGCACACAAGAAGCCUCCUGGUUUGCAGUUCCGCUUAUCGGAAUGCCCUUUUUUAUGGACCAAAUCCGGAACUGCCAUCGAUCAGUAAGAGCUGAAGUAGCUGAAGCACUAGAUUUUCAAUCGCUAUCUGUGGAUAAAAUACGAAGCACUGUUUUGAAAGUCCUGGAAACACCAAAGUAUAAGGAGAAUAUGGUGCGAAGAUCGAAGUUCUUACGGGACCAACCGGAUAAACCAUUGGAUCGUGCGAUAUGGUGGAUUGAAUACGUCAUUCGAAAUCCCGACUUGAGUCACAUGAAAUCUCCUACACUUGAAUUGGGGACCAUUGGAUCGAACCUUUUGGAUGUUUACGCGUUUUAUUUGGUAAUUAUCAUAAUUGUGUUGAAAGUAAUGAAAAAUGCUUUCAAACGCGUGUUUAACAAACAAACGAUUAAAAAGACAGCGAAGUUAGAAUAAACACUAAAAACUGA